GCAACCCACGCCGGCGCCGCACGCCCCGGCCCGCCCCGCAUCGACGUCCACAGCUCCAAGCACCAACGCGCCGGCGCCCCGUCCCCUCCCCACCCGCUCUGCCGUUCCGCGGUUCCCAUCCCGCCGACCCCUUCCACCCCACCAACCCACCACGCGACUCGACCUCGACCGCGGGGCCCUCUAAUCUCUCUCACUUCCGCUCCACGCCGCUCGACCGGCCGCCCACCCGCCUGCUUGCCUAACCUCCUCGCGCCCGUGAUCCCGCGCCGCGGCCCAGAUCUGGUGGCGCCCCGCGGAGACGAGCGAGCGCGGGGGAGUGGAGGCGGCCGCUUGUUCGGUCGGUCGAUGGUUUCGGCUGCGGCGCAGGUGGGCGUGGUCGCGGCGUGCGUGGUGCUGUUCGUCCCCAUGGGGCUGGCCGGCUGGCACCUCAGCCGGAACAAGGUGCUCUUCUUCUCCGGCGCGCUCUUCGUCUCGCUCGCCGUCGGGGUCCACCUUUCCCCGUACCUCCCUUCCCUGCCCCACCUCCUCGCCGCCUCCUUCUUCCCCCACCCGGGCGCCUCAUCCAACCCCUCCGCGUCGCCCUGCGUCACGUUCCUGCACCGCGUGUCGUGGGCGGACGCCGCUGAUGGCUUGGGAGGAGGAGGAGGAGGAGGAGCUGGGCGGUCGUGGUCGUGGCCGCCCACGCUGGCGUCCACCUGCGGGUUCGCGCGGCUGUCCCGCGACGAGGCGUCAUUGCUGCUCAAUGGUUCGUGGGUGAUGGUGGCCGGGGACUCGCAGGCGCGGCUGCUCGUGCUCGCGCUGCUUCGCCUCCUGCUCGACCCGGUCGCGGCCGCGGCCACCGAGCCGGAGCUCUUCCGCCGCCACAGCGACUACCGCACCGCGGUGCCUUCGCGGGGCAUCUCCGUGGACUUCGUCUGGGCGCCCUUCGAGAGCAACCUCACGCGGCUGCUCCGCGAGGAUCUGCGCCUCGCGCCGCGCGUCCCCGACGUGCUCGUCCUUGGAUCCGGGCUCUGGCACAUGCUCCACGUCACGGACGCCGCGCGCUACGGCGACGCACUGGCGUCCAUCGCCGGCGCCACCAGCUCGCUCCGCUCCCCGCUCCCCGUGCCGCCGCCGCAUAUGUUCUGGCUCGGCUUGCCGCGCCUCGUGAACCACAUGCUCAACACCGACGCCAAGAAAGCACACAUGAACGGCACCAUGCUGCGUGCCUAUGACCGUGAGGUCGAUCGGAGGGGUGUCUUACGGCGUGAUGGAGGCCCAUUCCGGCUGCUUGAUGUGGGAAAACUCAUCCAGGGAUGCGGGCAGCAAUGCACUGCUGAUGGAAUGCAUUAUGAUGGCGAGGUGUAUGAUGCUGUCUUGCAUAUCAUGCUCAAUGCAUUGGUGAUUGAGUCGCAACAAAGUAUUUGAAUGGGUGGGGGUUCUUGAACAGGUCUGGUUUACCAUGUUUGGUCUAGUCCACAUACAGGAUUUUCAGUGCAAUUGCAAAGUGGCUCUGAUGGAAGAAAUUCGUGUGAGCAUGUGCAUGCACACACAUAAGCUUGUGUUGUUUCAGGAUGAAAGAUGGCGAGCAAGGUCUCUGGCCGGCGGGACCAUCUCGCUGGCAUCGGAAAAGGGACUACAACAGUUAUUAAUCCCAAGACUUGCCCAUGACGGACUACCCUGGCGUCCGGCUUUCGCCACUAUCUCACCUCUUCAGUUCCAGCUCGUCGGAGGCGAGCAAGGAUCGGUUGCCGGUUUUCCCGCCUCUUGCUCAAGCCGUCGGGAUGGCGAGUCUGAGAGAGCAAGCCGAGGAGAAGAAAGGAGAGCUGCUGUUGGAGUUGUCUGGACUCCGGAAUGCAUGCACAUCUGCGCGUGAAGACUGAAGAGCGUGCCCAGGAGAAGGAUCAGCUGUUCUGCCUCCUUCGGACAGCAAAGAGGCGCUGACAUUUUUGCUGAUAUAUAUAAAUAGGUUCUGGCAAAGUUUGGCAAUUGCAACACACCAAACCGUGUAUGACAUUGCAUUGUUUGAUACCUUAGUUUUGAAGCCAGUGCUAAAUGAGAUAGGCGUGCGUGUGGUGUGCUUAUGUAGUGUUAUGUGUGUUUGAGUGCAUCACUAAUGUUUAAGGUCUCAAUGAGCCUUAA